AUGUCAAAGAAGAACAAGAAGACUCGCAACAACCAUAACAAAUGCUCAAAGAAGAAAAAUGAGCCCCCAUAUUGCUGGGAAUGCAAAGGGAAGUUCCAGCACCAGGCCACGGUGAUAAAGCAUGCGCGGGAAUUUGGGCACCAAUGGCAGGAACCCAUAUACUGGCAGCGCGUCCCCCGCCAUAAAGUGGCACCUUCAGCACGAGCACGAGCACCCGCACCCGCACCCGCACCCACACCCGCACCCACACUCUCACCCGCACUACUACAGCUCACAGCGCCAUUCAUAUCUUACGAGUCCCUCAUGCGCUAUGGCGGCCUACUGAGACCGUCAACGAUGAAAACUCACGAUGCCUUCAAAGCCGAGGCCUCGAGCCCCAAGUCUGCAACCACGCUAUCCAGGACAAAUGUGGGCAACUUGAACAGCUAUGACAAUGACGAGUGGAUACCCACCGAACAACUCGACGUGCCUGGAGUCGGAGAUCGGAUGCCGACAUUCUCGUCCGCACAGAGCUCAGCCGAUACGUCCAAUGCUGCCGACGGCUACGUACAGCAUAGUACUUCCGCCGCGUCGCCGGAUCUCGAAAACCAAGCAGAAGGAUUUCGAGAUGUAAGAGCCCGCCACUCGGGGACACCGAGUCUGACGGACGUGGAGGUCACUGUACCGAGUGAUCUUGCAAGGCGAUCAAGCAUCAGCAGCGUGUCGUCAUACACUGGCAGCGAAACAACAGAGGAAGACAAGCAUGGCGACAACUUUGACGACUGCGCAUCAGUCGUGUCCUAUGCGAGCGUCGUCGGCCCUGCUGAGGCGGAUAUCGCGGAUACAGCCUCGACUAGCAUGGAAUCACUUGAAGCUUCGAGCGACUCACAGGCAUCCUCAUACUACGAUGCGGAGAGCACCUGUGUGCCGGCAUCGCCACGCUCGCAGAUCUCCAUAUGCUCGGCGGAGCGCCACGGCGCGGAAGCCACGCUGCAACUUGUCGAGGGGACGCCUAGUGUGGCAGAGAAGAUUGCUGAGUCGGUCUACUUAUCCUCGCCUGGCAUGCCGCCUGGCAUGCCGCCUCUUCGGGACCUCACGAGUGCUAUGUCGUCGCUAUCGCUCGUCGAACCGGGGUCCCGGUCCGUAGGAGGCCACAGCGAUGAAGCUGGGUUAUCGGAGUGCAAGCAGCAUGCGCCGUGUACACAUGCCGGCUGGCGUUCAUGCUCGGCUGCUCGUGCAACAGGAGAUGCCGAUGCAACCGGGCUUUUCCAAACCACUGACCGCUUCACUAUCAAGGGGACUCCGAACACGCCGUGA